AUGCCGGCUGUUUCCAAACCAAAGGCUGUCGACAACACUCCAGAGCAUUCAAGCCUUGAGAACCGGACGAACCUCAGUCUUCAGGACUUCAAUAGAGCUAUCAGAGAGGCCUCCCAGAUUAAAGAAGCUGACCCAGAAAGGGCUGCCGAGUUGAUCCUGGACGCGAUGUUGUGGGACGUCGUCAAGAAACUCCCCCGCGACGACCCUGGCGUCGUAGUAGCGUGGCACCAUCUCGGGGAGUGCUUCUUCCUCAUGGAGAACUAUGGUGAAGCCGAGAGAUUUUACCGACAGGUUUUUCAAGCUCGGAGAUCCCAGAAGUCCCCCAAUUCUUCGAUGAUUCUGCGGGCCCGACAGGAUCUAACGGCCUCGCUCAUCGAGAUCGCCAAAGAAGAGGAGACACGAGAUGUUGCGAGAUCCGAGAAGCUCUACUUCGAGGCACUGGGCUUCGCCGUGGAGAGCAUGAAUGAAGAAGCCAACGACAAACGAGGCGAGGACAUUGAUGAUGUCCUUCAUUGCACUAAAGCCUUGCUGAAAAACCAAGACCGAAAGCCCUUGGAGCUUGCCGAGCUGAAUCGGACUCGUUUCCAGGCGUUCGUCCAAAUCGACGACGACAUGGAAGACGAGGAACUACUUGACAUGCAAUACCACGGGAUUGUGGCAACUAAACACUUCACCGUGGAGCUGGAGGAUCGAAAGAGCGGGUACGAGGUUUACGACACUCUUCAGUCUCGGAUACGGGAGUAUGGCGCCGAGGAUCCCGAUCAGUCCGAAACGGCAGUGUGCAUAGGAGAAGAAGUCGAAGACGAGUGGAGGAAAGCCACAGGGCUUCUGGCUCGUAAGAGAUGGAGACGGUGCCUGGAACAGGUGCGCGCUGAAGUGAGGAGGGAUGUCCUACCACGAAAGAAGCAGAUUCGGGACAAGUGGCAUCUCAUUUGCCGCAGACUAAUGGCCAAGCAAAAAUGGCAGAGGGUGUUGUCAGAAGCCAGGAAGACGGCCAGGUGGAACAUCACUUGCCGCAGGAGGCUGGUUAUGGACCAGUGGAACUCAUUGGUCCAAGAGGCUUUGCAGAGGAAGAGGGACGAAGAGGAAAACAGGAAGAAGGAGGAGCUUAAAAAGUUAGAAGAGGAAGAGAAAAAGAGGAAGAUAGAGGAAGACCAAAAGAGGAAGAGGGAUGAAGAGCAGAAGGCACUAGAACAAGAAGAGGAAAGGAGGAAAAGGGAGAUUGAAGAGAAGCGGAUGGCGGAGGAGGAGGAGAGGAGGAGGUAUGAGGAGAAGGUGAGACUAGAAGAGGAAGAGGAAAAGAGAAGAGAUGAGGAAAAUCGUCUCAAAAGGUUGGACGAAGAGAGAGAACAGAAAAUGAGGGAGAAGGAAUUUGAAGAUAGGCAAAGAGAGGAGGAGGAGCAUGCAAAACAGAGCGCAAGGGAGGCGGAAGAAGAAGAGGCUAUGAAGAGGGAGAUAAAUAUGCUGCAAGAUCUCGAGAUUCAGCAAGGGAUCAGCAGAACGGACACAGGAUAUUCGGAGUGGUCAGAACCUGAUACAGAGCCCGCCUUUUUCGAUUCGGAGAGUAUCCUUAGCAGCAUACAGAACAGCGAGAAGUGGAUGAAGGACUUCAUCAGGUCUCGCAACACGAUUCUCAGUCCUCAGCAUGACAAAAACAUGGAACGAGUCAGGGUUACCAUCAUCGAUACCGGCCUCGACAGAACCCAUCCGUUCGUCAUCAAGCGACGAUGGCAAGAUUCCAGGCAAGCAGCAAACAAAAAGGUUGCUCUCUUUCAGGACUUCGUGACGGAGAACCCCAGCACCGAAGCAAUCGACGAGGACGGGCAUGGCACUUUUAUCGCUGGAAUCGUGCUUCAACUCGCACCACUCGUUGAGCUCUCCAUAGCUCGAGUGGCCACGACCCGGGCCUCCCUGAUGAAGGACCCCGACGCGGAGGGGAAAGUGACAAAGGCAAUCAUCCAUGCCAUCACGGAAUGGGACACAGACAUCAUCUCAAUGUCGUUUGGGUUCCGGACGUACAAAACCCAAGAAUUCCGAGCAGCAAUCGGCAGGGCCAACUGGGAAAACAAGAUUCUCUUCGCGGCCGCGGGCAACUUUGGGAACUCAAAAGCCAACGUUUCUUUCCCGGCUCGGUUCCCGGGAGUCUUCAAGAUCUUCGCGACCGACCACCAGGGUGGGAAGUGUUCCUUCAGCCCGAGCCCAGACCUCGAAAAGAGCUACUGCUUCAGCAUCCUGGGCCACGACGUCGUGUCUAUCUGGCCCGAGGCCAUGAGGGACAAAGACGGGGAGACGCCGCUGAAGGUGGUGGACAAGAAGAAGUCCCCCGGGCUCUGGGUCGCCAUGUCGGGGACCUCGUUCGCGACGCCCAUCGCCGCGUCGGUCGUCGCCAUCCUGUACCAGUUCUACGACGCGAACAAGGCCGAGAUCAACCUCGAGCCGGGGCUGGACUUCAAGACGGUCGACGCCGUCCGGGCCAUACUCUUGAAGAUGAGCAUGGCGCCCACCGCCGACCAGCACAACUACCUCAACCCUUGGGUGGGCCGGGACAACUACUUCAAUUUCAGCGGUGAAGAGAAGAACGGUUCUGUUUCCUUUUUCGCUCAGAUGCUGAGGCUUUGCUUAGGUGCUUGGGUCAAGUAG